UUCAGUUAUUCACUAUUAUCAUUUAUCAGUACGUAAAAAUUGAAAUGUCCUGCUAACUAAUAACCUUCAAAUAUUUUUUUUAACAAUAAAACGUAAAAACCUAUGAUUUGUGUGCUAGGAGACAACUAUGAAUUCACUAUAAACCAAAUUAUUUGGAACACCUUUAUAACGAUUUAAAUAUAUUAGUUUGAACAUGAAAAUUAACUAAAAUCUUUUAUUGAAUAUUUACAAACAAUGGCUGGUUCAGUGAUUUUAGCUGGACUUGGAAUGGCUGCAGUAGGUUAUGCUGGGAGAUAUAUACUUAAGCAAAUGCCAAAUGCUUCAAUGAAAUUUGCUGAAGCUGUAAAAAAUUUACCUAAAUUUGAUGCUGAAAGCUUAGCAAACUCGAAAUACUACAAAGGAGGUUUUGAACCCAAGAUGACAAAAAGAGAAGCUGCACUUAUCUUAGGAGUUAGUCCUACAGCAAAUAAAUCUAAGAUACGAGAAGCUCAUAGACGUAUCAUGUUACUAAAUCACCCAGAUAAAGGAGGGUCACCAUUAAUAGCGGCUAAAAUAAAUGAAGCUAAAGACCUCUUAGAAAGUGGAAAAUCAUAAAUCCCCUGUGUAAUGUUGCAAUGUAUAAUAGUAGUUUAAAAUGUUUGUUUUAAUAAAAGAUUAAUUAAUAAAAAUAAAAA